AAACUUGACAUGCUCGUCAAGCCAGUGUCGACAACGAAGCUCUUAUAGCUGCCAACUGAUCUCGCCCAGUGGGAUCUUGGAAUUAAAGGAAACUUCAGCAAGUCGUGAACGCAUCCUGGGGACCCACAUCUGCAGACCGUCACCGAGAGCUAGCUCACUGAGGGGAGAGAAGAGCGUCAGCCUCAGGUCAACAUGAAGUUCCUCCAGAAGUUGGCGGGUUAUCCUCGCCUGCUUUUGGCAGGAAGCCCAUCAAAGCUCGAUAUAGGCAUGCUGUUGACCGGCCUGGCUAGUGCCAUCGCAUCUGGUGUCCCGUUCCCGAUCAUUGGUAUCAUUUUUGGUCAAUUGCUCGAUGAUUUCAACUCCGUGACCUGUGACGAAAAGAGCGGUUCAAGCUCUUCGGAGUCCAACGCGAGCUACCAAAGCGAAAUCAACAGCAAGAUCUUGUUGAUUUUUUAUCUGGCUAUCGCCCAAUUUGUCUUGAUUUACGCCCACCUCACAUGCUGGACUAUGUACGGUGCCCGUCUGUCUCAAAGAUUACGAGAGACUUAUUUGCAAAACCUGCUUCGACAAGAGCCAUCGCAUUUUGACCACUUGCCGCCGGGCGAGGUCGCUUCUCGGCUCAGCAGCGAUAUCCAGACUAUCCGUUCAGGCACAUCAGAGAAAGUAGGCAUUGUCAUUGCUGCUUUCUCAUUCUUUAUAACCGCUUAUAUUGUCGCGUUCAUCAAAUAUUGGGAACUUGCAGCCAUUCUCCUCUCGUUGAUUCCCGCCUAUCUCCUAAUGUCAUUCGCUGGAAGUCACUAUAUCGAAAAGUACACCGGACUGAUGUCUGAUUAUGCUGCAUCUGCCGCAACGAUUGCCUCUGAGGCGCUUAACAACAUUGUUGUGGUUCAAGCCUUUGGUGCAAAUGCCCGACUGGAGGAGAAGUUCUCGCGAGCUCUCAGACUAGCGGAACACCAAGGAUUGAAGAAGGCUGCAGCUGUUGGCACGCAGUCCGGAGUGUUGUACUUUAUUGCUUACAGUGCCAAUGGUCUAGCCUUUUGGCAAGGUGCCCAGCGCGUUGCUGAUGCAGUGAGUGGCGACUCCGCAGGUGUCACCGUCGGCUCUACUUUUACCGUAAUUUUCAUCUUGAUUGAAGCCACAUUAAUGUUGAGUCAGGUGGCACCAUUCCUUCAUCUAUUUGUCCAAGCCGUUGCUUCUUAUGCAAAGCUACGUGAGGAUAUUGAUCGUCAGCCUCUGAUCGAUGGCACUACUACUUCUGGGCUUCGUAUCUCGGAGGCAGAGGGUGGUUUUGAAUUCAAGGAUGUCUCUUUCAUCUAUCCAUCUCGCCCUGAAAUCAAGGUCCUCGAUAAAAUCACAAUCUCCCUCCCUGCCAAGAAGCACACUGCUCUUGUUGGUCUUUCAGGAAGUGGAAAGUCAACUAUCGCUAGCCUCGUCACUAGAUUGUAUGAUCCAACGGAAGGACAGAUCUUCUUCGAUGGCAACGAAUUACGAGAUAUCAAUCUUCGCGAUCUGCGAGGCUUCUGCAGUCUAGUCCAGCAAGAACCUUCUCUUCUAGACCGUUCGCUGCUAGAAAACAUUGCACACGGUCUUAUCAAUUCCAGCAACCCGAGCCAUGAACACUUGAAGGAUACACUUCUCAGCUCUACCCUUGCUGAGCUAGCCUUGGAGGUCAGAGAUGGCAAAGACCUCGUGACAUCAGCAGAGGCACGGGGUCCAGAAGUUGUUGAAAUUGUGAACCUCGUCCAACAUGCCGCAGCUCUGGCAGAUGCAGAUGGUUUCAUCACAAGGUUGCAGUACGGAUAUGGCACAUCUGUCGGUUCAAGCGGACGUCUGAUUAGUGGUGGCCAGAAGCAACGAGUGUCACUUGCUCGCGCUUUGGUCAAGGACCCUACAGUCCUCAUCCUUGAUGAGGCAACCGCCUCUCUUGAUUCGAGAAGUGAGCAACGGAUUCAAAAUGCCAUCAAUAACAUCUCCACUGGUCGGACUGUGAUUACCAUUGCCCAUCGUCUUUCAACAAUCACCAAUGCCGACAACAUCAUUGUUAUGCAUAAGGGUAUCCUUGUGGAGCAGGGCAAUCAUGCGACCCUGAUGGCCAAGAAUGGAACCUAUGCUGAACUCGUCAACCUCCAAACUCUUGGAUCUGCAUCUUCCAAGGAUAGUUCUUCAAUCAAGGACACUGCCAGCAAGUCGGAUACGGUUUCCCUGACCGACACGGAGAAUGAGAAGAUUGGCUUGUCGGAUGAGAGCCUUGGAAAGCAGGAGGAUACCCAGGUGUCGGCAACCGAAACACCGGCAACCGAUUCAAGUGAAGAAGAGCCUGAGCCCGAGACUCCUCGUAAGUCUUUGUGGGCGUUGGUGAAGGGUUAUGGACCAGCAGUGAGACCCCAUCUCUUGAUGAUCUUUUUGGCUCUUCUCGGCGCUAGUAUCGUCGGAGGAGCAUUCUCCGGAGAAGCAGUCAUCUUUGGCAACACAGUCGGAAGCCUGAAUCCUUGCAACGGUGCGGAUAGCAUUCGAUCUCGCGGUAGUUUCUAUGGUCUGAUGUUCUUUGUCUUGGCUAUUAUCGAGUUUUUCGCAAACUUUGCCAGUUGGACAGGGUUUGGAUGGGUCUCUGAAAAGGUUGUAUACUCGGUCAGAGUACUGUCAUUCCGGUCGUUGUUUGAGCAAGACCUGCAAUGGCACCAGUCUAAUGGUCGGACUCCUGCCAUGCUUCUAUCCUACAUCACUCGGGAUGGUAACGCCCUGGCUGGUCUGAGCGGCUCUGUUAUUGGCUCACUAUUUUCCAUUACCGUCAACCUCAUCGCCGCGAUCAUCCUCACUCACAUCAUCGCCUGGAAGAUUGCCCUGGUCUGUCUGUCUCUGGUGCCGCUUCUCCUUGGAGCUGGUCUGAUGGAGCUUCAUGUGCUCGGUAAAUUCGAGGAACGUCACGAAAACGCCUACACGAAGUCUGUCGAUAUCGGCACGGAAGCAAUUACAUCUAUCAAGACCAUCGCCUCCCUAUCUCUCGAGGAGGAGACCCUAAAGACCUACCGGCGAUCUUUGAAGGGACCUCGUCAGGAGACUUUCAAGGUCACAGUGCUCGCAAGUCUCUGGCAGGCUAUUACCUACUUCCUUGGUAACUGCGUCAACGCCCUCGCAUACUGGUGGGGUGCCAAACAGAUCAUUGCAGGAACCUAUACCCAAACACAGUUCCUGAUUGUGGUUUUCUCACUCCUCGUGAGUGCACUUCUCUGGAGUCAAAUGUUUGCGCUCGCGCCCGAGCUUUCCAACGCCCGCGCUGCGAUGGCAAGAAUCCUGAGUCUGAUUGAAAUCGGCUCAGACGGAAUGCAAGGGAAAAUCCGUGGUCCUUCCCUUACCGAGUCUGCAGAGAAAGACCCCGAGGCCAGAGGAGAACACAAGCCCACUAUCUCCGGUGGCGCUUCAAGUGUUCAAUUCCGCAAUGUUCAUUUUGCGUACCCUGCUCGGCCAGACAUCAAGGUGUUGAAUGGAUUGAGCCUUGAUAUUCGACCUGGAAAAUUCUGUGCCCUCGUUGGACCCAGUGGUGCUGGUAAAUCUACCAUCAUUUCUCUUGUUGAAAGACUCUACAAGCCAGAAUCCGGCGGCAUCAUCAUUGAUGGUGUUGAUGUGACCAAGCACCAAGACGUAGCCUUCCGCGAGGCAAUCGCUCUGGUUCCCCAAGAAAGCGUCCUCUUUGAAGGAAGCAUCAAGUUCAACAUCGGCCUCGGCGCUAGACCAGGCCAUGAAGCGACCAUGGAAGAAAUUGAAGAGGCAUGCAAGCUUGCCAACAUCCAUGAAGUCAUUAUGGGAUUGCCUAAUGGCUACGAGACUCUUUGUGGACCUAAUGGCAAUCAGUUCUCUGGUGGACAGAAGCAACGGCUUUCGAUUGCCCGAGCGCUCGUUCGGAAGCCUAAGCUGCUGAUUCUUGAUGAGUCGACCAGUGCCUUGGAUGCCGAAUCGGAGAAGCUCCUCCAAGACGGUCUUGAGAAGGCUGCAAGGGGCAUCACAGUCAUCGCUAUUGCUCAUCGUCUGCACACCAUCAGAAAAGCAGAUACCAUCUUCUUGAUUGAGGCUGGGCAGUGCAUUGAUCAUGGCUCACAUGAGGAGUUGCUCGAACGGUCUGAGAGUUACCGGGCGAACGUUAUGCAUCAAACAGUGGCGACAUGAUGAGAACAUUUGAAAAUUAUUUUUACUUUGUUAUAUCUCAUUUAGUUUCUAAUAGAAAUUCUUUCAUUCAACAGAG